UCCCUCUACAUACCCUCACACUCUGGCUCCGCACACUCCCAAGAUUUUUAUCCCCAAUUGUCUGCUUUCAUCUCUGCUUUUAAUAAUCUCAACCUAAAAUGGAAAAUCACAUCUCCUCAUCUGAAAUCACAUGAGCCCUUUGUAUUUUCAAAUUCUUCCAAAAGGGAGCUGAAAUUGAGAGAAGCAAUUUUUUUGGGGUCUUCUUCCCCAAUUUUCCUAUUUUUUGGGUAUUAGGGUUUCAAUUCGAGAGGUAGCAUGAUGUUCAGAACCUACGGUCGCCGGGGUCGUGGCUUGGGCCGGAGUUGCUCGUCCAGUGGCUUUUCCGAUGGUGUUUCGGGCUCGUCUUCCCAAGAAUUCUCGCAGGAUGUUUACGAUUUCUCGUUUCCGCCCGAUCCGUACGAUUUCGACCCGUCUCAGGAUUCGGGGCGAUCGGCGGCGCUUCUGCCCCCGAGGAAGGACGGGGAUGAUUUUCGUAACUCGAAGAAAUUGAAGGUGAUUGGAGCCGGUUCAAGGGCCUCCGGUGAAAAUUCUUUGCAAGAAUCGAAGAAAUUCGGGAUUUUGAGGAUUUCUGGUAAAAGGGGUUCGCAGAGAUCGAGGGUGAUCAAGAAGGUCAAUACCGAUCCUUUUGAUUAUGAUUUAUCUCAAGAGGUGGACGAUUUGGGUGUGCCACCUCGGAGGAAGGGCGGGGAGGAUAGUGUGUUUGAAUUUUCCGAGGAUGGGGACUUGUGGGGAUCAAGGAAGUCCAAGAAUGUUGAUAAUGGUUCUUGUGGCUUCAACUCUUCACAGGAGUUGAGUGACUUGGGUGUUUCUCAGUCAAGAAAUCCCGAAAGUCAAGGUGAUGGCUGGGAUCUUGGUGGGGAUUUUGGGAAAUCUAGGAAAAGGGACGGGGUGGAGGUUAAUCCAGAUCCAUAUGAUUAUAAUUCAUCGCAGGAGUUGGAGGAACAUGUGGUUCCACCUCAAAGCAAGGUCAGGGAUGAUAAGGUUUUUGAUUUCUCAGAGGAUGGUGAUUUAUGGGAAUCGAAGAAGUCUAAGAACCUCGAUCUUGAUUCGUUUACGUUAGAUUCUUCUCAAGAAUUGGGUAAUUUGGGUACUUCUAAGUUGAGAAAGCAUGAAAGCAAUGGUGAUCAUUUGGGUUUUGGGGGGGUGUCUGGAAAAUCUAAGAAGAAAAAUAUGGACAAAAAUGGUAAAUUGCAGAGGAAAAAGAAUAAGAAAAAGAUGAAGUCAAAGGAGUCGGAGCCAAGGUAUGUUGAGCUUACUGCUACACUUAUGGAGACUCAAGAGUCUGGUGAGAUGAUGGAGCAUGAAGAUGAGGUGAAUUUUGCAUUGGAUGGGCUGAAGAAGGGGCAACCAGUGGCAGUUCAUAGGGCGAGCCUUCUGUCAUUGCUAACAAUUUGUGGAACAGCGCAGCAGAGGCGGCUUUUGAAAGUUCAUGGGAUGGCGGAGAUUAUCCUUGAUGCUGUUUUGGGACUCAAUUUUGAUGACAUGCCAAGUAACGUUGCUGCUGCUGCUUUAGUUUAUGUUCUGACGGUUGACGGUCAAAAUGAUUAUCUUCUGGAUUCACCAAGCUGCAUCCAUUUUCUAAUAAAAAUGUUGAAACCACUUUCACCAAGUGUUGUCAAGGAAAAAGCUCUACCUGUUGGUAGCAAGCUUGUAAGCCUGUGCCGGAGUGUCGGUUUGUUACAGGAACCAGCCAAGGGAACAGAUUCUAGCUCUACUGCAAUCAUGCUCCAGGUUCGGGAGAUCCUUGUCGAUUGCAAGGAAAUGAAGUCAAGAGAUGACAGUCAUGGUGGGGUAGAAGAACCAGAAUUGAAUCCUAAAUGGAUUAGUUUACUCACAAUGGAGAAAGCGUGCUCAUGUCGUAUCUCUAUUGAAGACACCACUGGCAUACGGAAAACUGGGGGCAAGUUCAAGGAGAAACUGAGAGUUUUCGGGGGACUUGAUUCAGUCUUUGAAGUGGCAAGGAAAUGUCAUUCCGUGCUUGAGGAAUGGUCGGAGAAGAGUCCUACUUUUGCACUGGAUUCAAGAGAGAUCUCGGGGCUAGAAAGCCUAGUACUGCUUUUAAAAUGUCUAAAAAUCAUGGAAAAUGCUCUUUUCCUUAGCAAUGAUAAUCAGCGCCAUUUGCUUGAGAUGAAAGGAAGUUUCGAUGGACAACGGGCUCCCCGUUCUUUCACAAAGCUUGUUCUGAGUGUCAUUAAAAUUCUCUCAGGUGUUUUGUUACUGAGGAACUCUUCACCAUCCGAUUCCCAGGAUGAGGACAACCAUUUUGAAGGCCUUUCUGGCUUAGGUUUAACUUCUCAAGAAAGUUUUACUCAGCUCGACGGGAUCAGAUCGAGCGCGGGACCCACUCAAUCUUCCGCGGAAGCCCUGUUGCUUAAGCUGAGAGCCGAAUCAUCCCAAGCAGGAAUGUGCAGCGGGACAUCAAGGGAAUCGGAUAAGAUGGUCCGCACGAGUGGCAAUUCAGGAAUGGACGGUCAGGAUCCUUUUAUGUUUGAUGAGGAUGACUGUGAGCCCUCAAAGUGGGAUGUAAUGUCUGGAAGCUCGAAUAAGCCGUUGUCCCAAGAUAGCAGGCAUAUUGGGAAUCGAUUUGGAUUAGAAAAUCACCCUGUUCUUGUGGCUAGCCAGCAAGAAUCGAAUGAUGUAGUAGGAUAUCGUCAUUCGGAGGAGGCUUCUUGUUCUUCGGCUGCUGACGAAGAUAAGUCUAAUCUUCUGGCGGAUUGUCUACUCACGGCUGUCAAGGUUCUUAUGAACUUGACGAACGACAACCCUGAUGGCUGUCGGCAAAUUGCCACCUGUGGGGGAUUGGAAAUAUUGUCUUCUCUGAUUGCGGGUCAUUUUUCGUCAUUUAGAACUUGUUUGCCGCAUUCUGAUGAUGCUAGGGACAGUAGCUCGUCAUCUAAAUCGAGUCCUAAGAGCAGUACACCUCUCACUGAUCGAGAGCUGGAUUUCCUCGUUGCUCUUUUGGGUUUGCUCGUGAAUUUGGUGGAGAAAGAUAGUCGGAACAGAUCUCGGCUUGCAGCAGCUACUGUUUCGUUACCAAACCCGGAAGGUUCGGCCUCGAAAGAUCAAAGUGAUAUUAUUUCUCUACUGUGCUCAAUAUUUUUGGCUAAUCAAAGCAACACUGAUGCCACUGGAGAGGAGACAUAUUUGUCUUGGGAGGAUGAAGAGUCUAUAUUACAGGGGGAGAAAGAAGCCGAGAAAAUGAUCGUGGAAGCUUAUGCAGCUCUCCUUCUCGCUUUCCUUUCAACAGAAAGCCAAAACGUACGCAAUGCAAUUUCAGAUUGUCUUCCCAAUCACAACUUGAGAGCACUCGUCCCAGUACUGGAGAGAUUUCUGGAAUUUCAUAUGACACUGAACAUGAUAUCACCAGAGACUCACAGUGUUGUUCUUGAAGUCAUAGAAUCAUGUAGAAUACCAUAAGGGAGAGAGGGCUUUGCAUGAUUUUUAUAUUUCUCUCUCAUAUAUUACAAACAUCUUAUGUUGUUUUUAAUGAAAAAUAUAUAAAUAAAAGUUUUAAUUUUUGUGACCACAGGAGAGCGUGAUGUUUUGUUGUUUUUGGUUUGUAUAAUUUUUUCCCAUGAAUUAAUUUCUAUUGAUUUAGUGUGUAGCUGUUUUAGUUGGUCAAAGGAAUAUGGGUUGUGAAAUUGUGAACUGGUUCCGAGUUGUGAGAUUGCUUGAGAAAAACAACUUAUAUUUUUAGAAAUAAAUGGUAUGUGAAAUUUUAUACAUGUACAAGAUGCC